UGUGCUAUCAGGUACCCCGCGGAAGUUGGUCGCUGUAUUGACCUGGGUGAUGAUAAUAUGUGAGCUCAAUUUGCAUAACAUUGUGUGAGGCGUUAAUACUUUUUUAUUGUUGCAGUCUGACAGUCUGACAUUUUUUUCCGUAGACUCGGGAACGGUACAGAAUAUUGCAGGGAAAUGUUGGAGUGCGGCAUGCUUGAACGGGAUAAAAAGGCUCUUCGGAAAAACUCUGUUGCUCUGUGCAAAGAACUGGUUGUAGAUGAGCUGUUCAUCCAGUUACUGCAAGCUGAUGGCAUCCUUACAGAGAACAUGGCAGAAAACAUCCUGGCAGGGGAUACAUCUCAGAAACGCAGCUGGCGUUUGUUACUCCUCCUACCAAAACGAGGACCCAAAGCCUUCCAGAGCUUCUGCUCGGCUCUCCAGGGCUCAGAGCAGCAGCAUCUCUGUAACUUACUAUUACAAUCACAGGAGACGGAAGCCAAGGAGACACAAGUAGAUUGUUUUCAGCCUGAGAGAGCGCCUGAAGAAAACUCAGAACGACUUGCGCAAAAUAGCAGAAAGAGAACUCCGAGGUCUUCUUUACCUUUUCCAAUUCAGGAGGAAUAUGCUGCGAAGAGAGCAAGGACACAUGCAGAGUCCAUGGAGUUCAGUCUCGAUGCUGACAGUCCCAUCAACACUCCUGUUCUUCCAUGUUCUCCUGACUUCUAUCUGUCUCACUGCCAGCAGUCUUACAGAAUGAAGUCCUCGCCCCGAGGCUAUGCCUUGGUCAUCAGUAAUGUGAGCUUUGACUCCUGCUCUGCUCCAGACCUUGACCCAAGGAAAGGAGGUGAAGUGGAUGAUGAGGUUCUCAGGAAGGUUUUCACAGAGCUGGACUACCAUGUCAGUGUCCACAGAGACCUUACUGCUCAGGACAUGAGGACAUGCAUUGAGACCUUUUGCAGGCGGCCUGAACACCGGACAGUGGACAGCUGUGUUGUGUGUCUGCUCUCCCACGGAGUGGAGGGAGCAAUUUACGGCACAGAUGGACAACUUAUUCAGCUGGACUGGGUGUUUGAGGCCUUUGACAACGCACAUUGUCCACUGCUUCAAAACAAGCCAAAGAUGUUCUUCAUUCAAGCCUGCAGAGGAGAUGAGAUGGACUGUGGAGUUGAGCAGUUGGAUGGGCCAGUGAGGACCUCUUCACCGAGCUGUGAGCAGCACGAUGCUGGGAGGGAAGGAGAACGGGAUGCUGACAUGGCAAGACGGAACAUGGGGAGGCCCAGGAUUAAACUGCCUCAGCGAUCAGAUAUGAUCUGUGGCUUCGCUUCUCUCAAAGGUCAGAGAAUUUGCACAGCAGCAAUGCGAAACACCAAACGAGGGUCCUGGUUUAUCCAGGAACUUAACGCAGCACUCCGGCUGCACGCCAAAGACACACAUCUCUCAGACAUACUGGUGCAGGUUAAUGCACGCAUCAAGGAGAGGGAAGGGUAUGCCCCAGGCACCGCCCACCAUCGCUGCAAAGAGAUGUCCGAGUUCACCAGCUCACUCUGCAAAGACCUCUACCUUUUCCCCAAGUACCAGCCCCAGUAUUGAUAUUCAGAAGCGCACUUUAAGUGAACAAAAACACAAUUCAGUGUUUAUAUGAAGCCUCUCUGUAAAAACUAAAAGAACUGCCUGUUAUUGCCUCACACUCUCACAUUCCCUUUUGUUACAACCUAACAUUUGUUUCCGUUUACACCACACACACAUGUGCAAAGGCACACGUUUU